AGUCGGAAACCUCACAAGGACAGCACCCACGAGGCGGACCCACACCUGCAAAGAGAGCAGCAUUCCUGUUCCAGGUCACCCCACAACGUAAACAAUAUCAAAGCACCAGGCCAGGUCUCACUAUAUCUCCCCCCGGGGGACCAGAGAGAGAGAGAGAGCGCGAGCCUCUCAGCGCGUGCUGUUACGUCAGGGCGGUGCAGGGCCCGAACAGCCCCACGGCCCAUCUCAAAAUGGCGGCGCACUCGAACACGAGCGGCCCGUCGCUCCUUCAACUGUCGGCUGCAAAUAAAGCGGAGGGUGAGAUCCCAGCGCAGGAGCAGCAGCUGGAAAAUGAAAGUCGGGUCCAGAUGGAUUUAUAUGAUGAUUUGAUUGGUGAUAUAAUAGGAGUGCCUUUAAACAAUGAGGUAGAACCUAAAAAGGACAAUUUGGAGUGCACAUCAAAUAAUAUACUCGUCCCAAUUAAAGCUGACCCUUCUAAAAGCUGUGAUUCAGAAUAUAUUGAUGCACCACUUCAUAAAAAACUUAUGUUGAUUGGAAAUCUGACGUGGUGGACUACUGGUGAUGACUUACUAGCUGCUGUUCAUUCUGCUGGAAUAUCAAGUGUUGACGAUAUGAAAUUUUAUGAAGUUGCAAAAGGUGGUCAGUCUAAGGGGUUUGCUAGUGUGACGUUGUCUUUGAAAAGUGAUAUACAAAGAUUGCUAAAGAUUCUUCCAAAAAAAGAAGUUCAUGGAAGGUACCCAGAUGUCCGGCAUUUUACGAAAGCAAAUUACCAGUAUUUUGAAACCCAGUUCAUAAAUGCAAUGGAAAAAUCAAAGUUGCAUUCAGCACACUGUGAUAUUUUUGGUCGCAAUGGAAAUGACAACCAAUUUGUAUUUGAUCUUGCAGAAGAAGGAUAUCCAGACCCAGUUCCGUGGCGGAUCCAGCAGAAGUUUUCAACGUUUAUAAACCUUCGUUCAUUGACAAAGGAUCCAACAGUCCCAGACAAAACCUUUCCACUUUUCCCGCAUUCAUCAAUGAGACAAAUUGCUUCACUUGUUGAAACUAAACUCCACCAUGGUUCUACACCAUUUUCAACGAAUAAUUUGUUACAAAACUUAACUUCUUUGGCUGUACCACCUGUGAACAUAUCAGCAGCAAGUAUUCCAUCUCCAGUUCUUAAUGCAUUUCCCCAUUUUUUUUUCAAAUACUUAACUUCGUUGGGAAUACCACUUACGAACAUCCCGGCUCCACUUCUCAGUACAUUUCCAAGAUUUUUAUUACAAAGCUUACCUACAACGCCAAUAUCAACUGUGAAUGUUCCAAUCCCAGUUCUGAGUGGAUAUGGGCUAAGUCAGAUAUCGCAAGCUUGUUGUGUUAAUCCUGCGACAUUCAUAACACCAACAAUAACUGGUCUUUCUACCUUGGACAAUAAUAAGACUCCACCUGUGUAUAAUACAUGUCAUAAGGAUUACAAGUUAUCAGGAAGGGAAACAGGUGUUCAAGAGACACUGCAAAGCACAGAGGAGCCUAUUAAAGAACUUGAUAGCAAAGGAACAUUUUCAACCAUUGAUGAUGGGGACAGUGAUUAUGGGAAUCUACUGCAGCUUGUUUCUUUUGUUAAAAAGUCCAAAGCAAUUGCACCAGAUGGCUUCAGGGAUUCAGUAAACUAUCCUCCAAAUCAACUUCAUGAGGGAGAGGCCAGCCAAAGCAGCUUAGAAUUACGGGAGCGUAAAUACACUGGACAAAGAAAAAAUCGAAUAUCUAGAGAGAGAAGUGGACAUCUGCGAGAUCGUUCCAGAAGUCCAGGUUCCUGUGAUAGUUAUCAAGAGAAAAGAAUGGAUUAUGAUCACAAAAGACAGCAAUGUUAUGAAAGAAGUUACUAUGAUAAUUCACCUUCAGUUGAUCAACAUUGGGACAGCCGUGGUCAUGGGAGGGACAGCCGUGGUCUUGAGAGGGACAGCCGUGGUCUUGAGAGGGACAGCCGUGGUCUUGAGAGGGACAGCCGUGGUCUUGAGAGGGACAGCCGUGGUCGUGAGAGGGACAGGUUUGACCGUGACAGAGACAGCUCUGAUCGUGAAAGGCAUUAUUUCUCCAAGAAGCGUCACUUUUGGGAUAGUGAUCUUCGGCAUGGUUACUCUGAAAAGAUUGAAAAAGGACACUGUUACAGUGAAGGCACAUACUGUAAAAUAAAUCAAAAGAGGGACAGAGAAUACUAAUUUUGAUGGUAUGUGUUGAUUUUAUUGUCUUUAUUUGGACUUAAAACCUAUGUAUAGUAAAACAUUGAAUAUCUUGUAAGUAAUCUACAGUGAUGGAAGUGCACUCCUAACCUUCCACACAGAAUUCCAACAAAAUCUACUUUUGCAUACUGUGUAUAGGUGUGUAGCCAAAGCAAAUAAUGUUAAUGCUUUAAAAUGGAUUGUAUACUGUUGAUAAAUUGUUAGCCAUUGCAUUUUCGAUUUGUCUGUCCUUUUAUUCAGGUUUUUAUUGUCAUCCUUGCCAUCUUUUUAAGAGACUGGUGACUUAAGUACAGAAUCUCUACCAACAAGGUACGGGAUUCCCAUUAAAUUACAUCACUAAAGUACUGAAUUCUGCUUUAGAAUUUUGUCCCAUAAUGCUAUUCCCUUUAUUCUAAAAUAAUUAUAAAAUAGCCAGUUAUUUCCUUUUGAGAGUGGCAAAAUGAAUACUCAGAGACCUGGAAUUAAUAGCAAUGGCUUGUUUUUACUCUUCCAGAGUAAGUAGUAGUAGAAAAUUGGUUAAGACAUAGCAAUAUGUGGAAGUUACAACCAAGAAACAGCUCAACUCUUUCCAAGUGGUUAUAUUCUAUGCCUACUAGUCCUAAUCAUAUCUAUCUACCUGUUUCCAUAUUCGUUUUCCUUUACUCAUCUAUCAGUUCUGAUUUUAGAUGUUGGCAUAGUUUCUGCCUUCAUUGUUUAUUCUGCUCUGAGCACUAAUAUCUUGUAUUUAAUUUUCUGUCCCUAGGCCUAGGUCAGUUUACUAUUAAGAUGCAGAGUAAGUCUACUGUCCCAUCCUACCACAAUUUUAAAUAAUUCUAAAAUCCAUAACAUUCCGAUGAAAAAGCCCCAGUUUUCAAGUGUUGUGCUACAUUUCUUCAUGCCAGGCAGGGUCCUGUUGAAUCUGUUUUGUAUCCUUGUAAUUAUAUCGAACCCAAAAUUGCAUGUUAUAUUUGAAGUUUGCUGAGGCUUUGUAUAGACCAUCCAUACUAUUUGGCUUGUAUGUUCCAUACUUUUCUAAUAUCGUAAAAUUCCAAUAGUAAUUCUUAAUACCUUAUAAACUGUUGUGGAUGCCUUAAAUGACCUUUAAUUGUGUGCACUUUUACUUUGCUCUUCAACAACACCCAACUAAUUCUCUAUAGAACAUAAUUACUUCUUUUUCUACCAAAAUAUACCACCAUAAACUUACUGACAUUAAAUUUUAGCCUACGCUUGUGAGCUUCCUAUCUUCCCAGCAUUCCUUAUAGCUUUUUUUGCGUCUUUUAGGAAAUUGACUCAAUCAUCUAUAUUGAUACUUUCAAAUAAUCAUAUUGUUCCCUCUAAGUUCAUAUACAAAUUACUGCUAUACACUGUGAAUAGAAGUGUCGCUAGAACUCAAUAAUGCAGGAAAUCAGGACAGAUUUUCAACCUCUCUGGAAUCCUGCCCUUAACUCCUACCUUCUGUUUAGUUUCUUCUAAUUAAUUUAGAAUCAGUUUACUAUGCUACUAUUUAAUCUUCUCAAUAAUCUGAGAUACCUUGCUGGAGACUUUCUUAAAGUUCACAUUUGCCAUACCUUUGUGUAUGCUAGCUAAUAGUCUUCCUGUUUGAUGUUGACCUUUGAUGAGUUGCGUGUUGGACAUUGUAACCUUGUGGAUAUGUGGAACACAAGAUUAACCUCCAGACAUUUUGUAGUUGAAAUCGUUAACUCCAUAAUGUAAUGGUUUUUAUUUACAGUGAUGAUUCAGACUUGCUGAAGUGCAGAUAUUACAGUUAAUGUAAGUUUCUGUGACAGUAUUUGUAGAGUGUGCAUGUUUGAUUUUAAGAUGACAAGUUCAGGAAAAUUGACCACAUUUCUGAAAAGAAUGCAAAAUGAUAAAAAAUAUUGACCCUUCAUUCCGGAUAAACCAUACUUUUAGAAGCACAAAGUGGCUUCAAGCAAAGGGCUACGUUGUUUUAAAGUACGGUAAUAGGACAGAUUACUCUGUCACUAGAAUUUGCCCCUUCCAGAGCAACUGUAUGUUAAACUAUUGACCUUUUAACUGCAUUGCCUGCAAAUGUACUAAUCACUAUUGUUCUUUGUUGAUAAUUUUUUUCGCAUUUAAAUGAAACAAACUAUCCAGUGCCUUAUGGAAUUAAGAAAUGUACAAAGACAUAGUCUCAUUUCUCUCAACUUGCUAUAUUUUGUUAGCAGAAUUUUUUGUGUUUUAUUGUUUGAAUUCUUAUUUAUGUAUUUCUUUUUACAUCUGCAGUACUUUUUUAUUUCAAGUUAGUAAAAUGACUGAAUCAACUUUGUAAUGUGUGGAAAAUGAUAUGUCUAUAACUUAGGAAAGAUUCAGCAAGGAUUAAUUUUAAUGUUUUAAAAUAUUAAGCACUAAGAAGAAAUACAUUGGCUAUGACCAAUCUUUUUAAGCUUUCGUGUUCAGUUGUCAGUUACUUACUGUGUAUCAGGUGUUUGGUGAAAUGGUCUGAAACCAAACUGACAACGAAUAUCAGUCAUGUUGGUGACCAGCUUAUUAACUAAGUUAAGAUAUAUGAAUGAAAAUUAGGGUUGAUUUGUCUGUACUAAAGAUAUUCUUCAAUAAAUGAAAUUGGCAGCACGUUUAAUGAAUGAAGAUACGAGCAAAAAUGCUGUACCAUAUUUGAAGCUGAUUUCAAGUUAGAGCCCUGUUGCAUUGUUGGACCAGUUUCAUUUUAGCUGUCUUUAAGAAGUCGAACAGGAGCAUGUCCUUUAAGUCUUUCCUCACUGCUGUUGUGGCAACAGUCAUUAUAAUCAUUUUGGCUUGUUGCAUUUCAGUUUGCAGUGUGAGAAUAUGCAUGCGGCUUAUGUUUAUUUAGCCAACCAUCACAUCCACACAACUAGCAAUGGGAAAGGUUGUAUACCGUACGUGUAUGUGACUAAAACUUUUAAUAAUAGUGAUUAAAGUUUAGAUGAAUUAAUUCUUUCUUUGGUUUUGUUCCCACGUGCAUCAGGUUGAUAGUAGUGUGGGAGGAAGAAUUGUGGAUUUUCAUAAUAUUGCAUAAUUGCCAAAUACAUUGCUAUUAAAUCCCACUCCCCUGUCUUUUUAAAUCUUACAUCGAUACUUUUCAUACUGUCGUAUGGAUUUGUAAAUAAAGCAUAUCGGAGCACUGCUAAAGUAAAUUGGAUAGUUUUGAUUGUGGCUGACUUAUAUGUGAGGUGAUGAGGUUGUCUGAUUGAGAGUGGAAGAGCCAACCAACUUUGAAGCUGUGGCUUGAUUUCCAUGUACAGAAUUAGCAGUCGUAACUGGCAACUAGCCCAGUUCUUCGAGGAGCAGGGUUUCUACUAAUUCUGGGAACGAUACAAUGGUGACUGCAUCUGUUAGAGAGGUGCAGUUUCACUGAGCCAGCUGUGUCUGUAAAGAGAUUAAUUCAUAAGAUUUCAACGGUGUGAGCCUCUAGGUUCAGCUGCACAGAGGUGAUGGAGCAGACAGGUCCUCCUUCUCUUGGACAACCAGUGUUUCUAAAUGCAAGCAUCAAGUCUGGAGUAAUAAGUCCCUGAACUGUCAUUUCAAGGACUUGGAGGAGGUGCAAAAUGACUAGUCCAGGACAGGAUGAGUGAUGCUGACCUUCCGACUUUGACCAUUCUGUAUUAGGUAUUACCACAUCAGUGCUUGCAUUCCUACCAUACUUCAGGUUAUUCUCUUUCUCCACGUGUUUCUCACCCAGUCACAACUAGCCGUUGCACUAUUUCUUCUCAUUGCGAUCACACAUGGGCACAAACAACAACCUGCAUCACUGUUCUGCUUAUGAAACAAAUAUCGGAAGCUAUAACAAACAUGUUCCAGCUCAUAAAUAUUGCUGAAAGAAGGCAUGUCUGUUUUGUCUUGCAUUCAUCAGGACAAAAGCAAGAAUACCAAAUUUCAAAUGACCACAGCAGUUCUCAUGUGAUAUCACAUUUGGCUUAAUCUGUGCAAGACAAAACAGACAAUAAGAUGUAUAUCUUUUCUGCAAGAUGAAAGAAAACUGCUUGCUUGCAUAUCAGUAAUUAUGAUGGUAUUGGGUGGUCUGCCUCAGUUGAAAAAGCAUAUCUGAGAAUGUGAAAGCAUUAGUAAACAGUUUGUGUGGCAGUUUGUCUUGUGACAUUGCCUUGAAUAAAAGGCAGUAAAGUUAUUGCUUCGGGGCACUAAUUGGUCUGUUGUGGUAUCUUUGCCACUAGAACUUACAUUAUUUCUGUGCAUUCAGGGAGCUAGGGCUUCACUGAAUUGCACUUAGUCAUUUGUUUAGAUAUAAUGUUGUAAUCUCUAGUCAUUAGACUAUAAUCUCCUGUUUGUCAAACAUUGAGAGCUGCUAUGCAUAUACAUCAUAGCAGCUGCCCCAGGGAACUGGAGAUAGCUGCGCAUAAUUCUGUAGUCAACACAAGCCAUGUGCUGGUGCCCAAUCAGUGACAGCCUGUACUUGGAACACUGCAAUGGCUGUAGAUACCAGAGAUUUUUCCAGUUGAGCAGAGGAGUCCAUAUAGAACCUGAUGCAAUCAUUUGCUUGGAGGUUGGGGUUGUGGGAAUAUGUGACCAUUACUAGUUGCAUGAAUGGGUUAUGGAUUGAUGAACCAACGUGAGAUGUAUCACGAGUUGAAGCCUUAACAGAGUUCACAACAGCUAAGAAUGAAAUGUGGGUCUUUAUUACCGUUACCAUUGUCACCGAGGUACAGAUUAGUUGUAGUAGGCUACAUGGGCCUGCCUUUAAAUUCUGUACUUUGAAAGUAAUCGUAAACUCGGCAUCUGUAUGCCUUUUAUGUAUCGUAAGGGUACUUGUGAGCAUUGGUCUCCUUGUUGGUUUCUCUGGUACUGCUGUUCCUCCAUACACAAGUAAAUGGCAAAUGUCUGGUGUGUUUCUGGUGGUCAAAUUGUUACAAUCCUCCCUGGUCUAACUGAUGAAGGAAAUCUUGAUAAAUGUUGCAAUAUAGCCUUAUUUACUUGAGUUUCUCAGGAUUAAUCAAUUUUAGGAAAAUUUCUAUCAACUGAUGACUGCAGAUGAAUGUUUCUUCUAAAGAGUCGUCUGCAUUUUCUGCUGAUACUGCUAAAUGUUGCUGAGGAAAUUCAGUAUGUCUUAAGACCUAAGAUCUAGAUUGUAACACCUCAUCUGUUAUAGGUGCGCUCUGAGUCACCGACAUAUAAACCCUGAUGCAAGAGCUCUAUACAAUGUUAUUUAAAACAUAAUGCCUCUGCAUGUUUCUCCAGUAGUGCUUAUUAAACCUGUCAAUGUUUCGAAACCAGAGUUAGCAUAAUAAAUGCAGCCUUGUGUGUUAGCUGGUCUUUGACAUGAUUGAAAAUCUCCCACAUGUAUGGUUUGAUGUUUUUAGUUGCAAUGCCGUAUCAGAUUGAGCUGUUGUUUUGUAACAUCUUACAAUUUACGCUGAAGAAUAAACAAGUUAAUUUGUUCCAGCAAGUUGAUUUGCUUUGCAGACCAACCUUGGGCACCGUUGACAUACAAUGCAUUUUAGCCUCCUAAAUUAAACUUCCAUGGCAAAUUCUGCAUAAAUAUUAACUGAUCCUCAAAUGUCGUCAAGGAGGAUUUUAGAAAAUCAAAACUCCACGCCACUCUCCUCUGAUUAGCUGUGGUUUACGCAUGAUAUUCCUUCCCACAGUAAUCAGACAGGAGCUGUUGUACCUUGUGCUGUAACUGAUUGUCUCCUGUGGAUCUGUACAAAGCCUUACAGUUAUCCUCAUUACUCCAACAUUGUUUUCAAUCAGACAUUUGACUGAAAUGGAGCAGAUUCUGGUGAGAAUCUCGCCAGGGAAAGGAUGAAUUAUUUUCUGUUGCUUCAUUUUAAUGCUUUGUCAUUUUCAAAUCUAUCUUCUUUAGUUCUUGAUUCAAUUUUGGGUCUGAUAGGCUAUUUCACCUGAACCAUUCUUUGAAUAUUCCAUUGCUUGAAUAUUCUUUUGAAAAUAUUGUGACUAAAACUGCAUUCUUCCUAAUGGGUUCUCACAAGUGAUCUGAAUAAGUAAGUUUAUCAUCUUCCCAUAGACGAACAAAAGUCAUUGGUCAGUAUGUGCACCUAGACCUUUUUUGUUUUCUACCUUAUUGUCCUGUUGCUUAUUAACUGUUGCCAUGCAUUUAUUUAAUUAAGAAAACUGGUAAUGUUAAGACAGUUAAUGUAAUUUUGUCACGUUUUGCACAGAACACAAUUGCUUGGAAGUAGAUGCAACUUCAGGAUCUUGUAUUCCAAUGCCUUUGCUUGUAGAUUAACUUAAGAUUGUUAUCGGUUCAAUAAAAUAAACUACUGCUAAAAGUUUCUUCAGAAAUGGAUGAAAUACUUUGGUUUCAAUACCAGGAUCAGUAUCAAGAGGUUGAUAUUAAGUUAUAGCAUGUUGCAUAUAAUGUAUUUGUCCCACACCAGUUAUGUGUAUCCAAAGUUUAGAGAAGUGUUUAUAAUUCAAAAAUUAUGAAACUUCUCAGGUGUCAAAUAAAAGCCAAUUUAACCUUUCACAGCCACAUGAUGUUUAGAGUUCUAUUCAUAUAUUUUCAAUGGCUAUAUUGAUUUUUGAUCUAUUAUAAAUAGCAUGGCACACAGUGCUAAACACUACAGGUGCUGGAGAGCUGAAAUUAUGAGAAAGGUCGUAAAUGCUUAGAGGACAUCAGAAAGUCUGUGGCAAUAAUAGGAAUUAACAUUUUAGUUUGUGACUUUGCAUCACAAUUGGGAGAAGUUCAAGAUAGAGAAUUUGGGCAGGUGAAAGGUGAUGAAGAACAAAAAGAAAGGUCUGUGGCAGGAUGGAGGGAAGGAGAAAUUAACUGAAAAGAGGGUUUCAUAGUACAAAGACAAAGGAAAAGGUCAACAAGAAAAAAAAGGGUGUGAAUGGCCAGGAUAGCUUUCAAGUCUGUAAAGGGAAUAGGAGAAAAAUGUGAGAAAAAAAUAAACACAAAAUAGGGAGGGUGGAGGUAUAGCUUAUGACAUAAAAUCAUUGACCACAACCUUGUGUUCAGACAACAGCUAUCCUCCCUUUGGCUUAUACCAUGGAACUUUGUUCAUUUAUUCUUUUCAUGUUGGCAAUAGGAAGUAUGUACAUAGAAGGAGCAAUGUGUAAAUCUCUGAUGCUGUUAUUGUGGUUUGCCUACAUUGAGUCUUGUAUUUUUAGGGUAGAUGUGGAGGGUUAUUAAAAGCUCCAGCAUUCUUGUUGCUUUAAGAAUGAUCAUGUAGAGGGCUACCAAUCUAGUCAUAUCCAUACAAUUUUGUAAAUGAUGAAACUUUGGAAUAGAUCAGUCUGAACUGCACUAAGCCCUUGAACAUGAAUUGAUUCCUCAAGUCAAUAAAACUUAGAUACUAUAAUCCAUUGCUUGAUGGAUAUACCCUUUUUGAAAUAUUGGAAAUGUUGAUUAAUCAUGCCAGUUUUCCAAGCCUAUUUUUUAAUAACAUCUUUGUUGCAGUUACAUCGGCUUAUAUACAAUGGGACCUCGAAUACUCUUAGCCUUGCCUAUAUUUUUCCUGCAUGUAUUUAUAUUGUCUCUAAUUUUAUUUAGCAUUUCAUUGUGUAAAAGAUGGGGACUUUUCAUUAUUUCAGUAGGUAAUUUCUCUUACAUAUUGGGGGUGACUUUCUUUAUGGAUAAUAAUGAUUCCAUUGUCACAUACUUUUUGAAAGUAUUGGCAGUAAUUUAUGCAUAUUUUAUGUGCAUAUGUUACAGUAUUAAAAGCUAUUUUCAUUUGCUGUGCAGAAGACUUAAAGUAUUUGAAUUCUGAUCACUGGAAAUAGCUCCAAGUGUUUUUCAAUACUAGCAAGAUGGGUAUUAGUGAGACUUGUGAUGGCUCUCUUGAUUUAUUUUCCUCUUUUCCACGAAAAGAAACUUAGUUUCAUAUUUUAAAAUUUUUAUCAGAAGCAAACAACAAAAUUAAUGUACAGAUAUAUUGUCUAGAAUUCAAAUAAAACUUGCUACAACCUUAUGCCCUUCCAAUGUGUACCAUGUUAUGCUAGUUGCUCUUCACUUUGUUUUAUAUCCCGUGCUUUAAGGAGUAACUGGGAAUGACCAAGGACACUUUUCUAUACUGCAUCUAUGAAGUAGAAGUAGAUGAUAACUUCACUGUCGCAACUCUGACCAGUUUUUUUUACAACAUUAUACUACAUUUUGAUACUUUUAGAAUAUUUUGUAACAUUUAAUGCAGUGUACCAGGAAAAUCCCUAAAUCAUGUACAUCAUUGCAGUGACAUUAAAAUGCUUGGCUACCGAGAAUCUAUAUAGUGAAGGUGAUUUAGGUUUGAUCUUUGCAUGGUGAUCAAGUAAAUCAUGAUGCUUUUAAUCUCUAUAUAGAAAUUUAUUUAGGAAAUUUUUAUAAAUUUUAAUGAAACAAUAUCCAUCAUCUCUUGUAAUAUCAGUUAAUUUAUUCAGAUGAGAAAGCAAAAUACUUGAUUUCUGCUUUUCACCUUUUACAAUUUGAGAUUAAAAAUUUUAAAUUGAUUAGGCUUUGCUCAAGUUGUUUUCUGAAUUUGAACAAAGUCAGUUGUUAAGUCUGAAAAUCAUUUGUAGAACAAAAUUACUGUUUAGCCUUGAUAUUAUCACAAGAAUGUAAUUACUUUCAACAACACUGUUCAAACCUUAUUAAUAGGUCUUAUUUGAUAUCUUGCCUCCAUGGAAAUGAAUGCUUCUCCUAAAAAGAUGUUGGUAAACAAAAUCUCAUCUUUCAAUUUAGAAAAUGCAAAUUUAGUAUUGAAUUUCUGGUACUGUGACUCCUGAAUCAAAACGUCAUUUUUAAGUCUUGUACCAGGGUCCGAAUAAAUCAAUAAGGCUGAUGCUUUUGAUAAAUAUUGUCUUUUGGGUUAGAAACCCUGUCUACCUCUUGAGGUAAUAUAAAAGCUCCUAUGUGCUGUUCUAAGAAGAAGUGGGUCAUUCAUUGAUUUCAUGUGUGGCAAACACUACUGUGUUCAAAUAUGGUAUGAUGCAAAACAGCUGUGAUUGUAAUUCAAAAGUCAUUCAUUGGUUUUGAAUAUCCCAAGAAUGUGAAAAGUUUCAUCUAAAUAUGUUUUUCUCUUGUGGCACUAAACUCUGUCUAUUUAUGUGUUUACAAAAGCAGUAAAAGAUGUCAUUGCAAAACAUGCAACUUAUACAGAAGCACUGAAGAUGUCAAGUUUAUUAUACAGUCAGGUCCACUUUUAGAAAUGGUGUAUUGUGUAUUGAUCUACAUUGAAUUUUGUUAUAUGCAAAUACUUUUAAAAAAUCUGUUGCUUAUGUUUGCAGUGAAUAAGGUUUUCAUAAUAGACUGAUC